AAUAAACAUAAUAAAAAGAAAUGAGCUUUUACAAAAAACGGUGAAGGUACAGUACGUGGUAAAGCUUGAAUUUUAUUUUGAAAAUCUGAUCUUGUUGCGUACUAAUGCGUCAUCGAACUCGGUAAUUUUCUGGUUCUUCACAAUAAAAGCCUCCUCCUGGCGUCUCUGCUGUGCGUUUCCGAAACCGCAUUGGUUCCCAGGCGUCCUCUUCACAGCUCCACGUAUCCCGUGCGGUUCCGGUUCAUUGACGUGUUUUGGAAUCCACGAACGGUGACACCACCAAUAUUUAAUCGUGCUCAUUCUCCCCGUUGGCAUCUCAACGUCCGCUAGCAGUAUCAGCGCAGACCCGCAUCAGAAAAUUACGGAAUUUAGUCCCGCACGCGCUCCCGUGAUCCUGGACCUGGCUCUGAACACCGGCUCCAAUGUUUCUGCAGUGCAGCAGAAUUGUGUGAAUCAUUCGGCGUCAGGACACGACCCCGAAUGAUGCAAACUAUUGCAGAAACACCUCCAAAGUCCACUGAAGUGGGCCAGUAAUACAAGAGUUUUUCAACGGUAACGCACUUGACAAUCAUGGGCACUCAGGGACCGGGCCGGAAGAGGAUCCCAAACCGGGAGAGGCUCAGCGCAGAGGACGAUGCUCUGAACCAAGUCGUCCGGGAGGCAGAGGCUCGUCUGGCCGCGAAGCGAGCGGCUCGAGCUGAGGCUCGGGACAUUAGAAUGAAGGAGCUGGAGAAACACCAGCACAGGGAGCUGUUUCACAGUCAGAAGAAGUAUUACGGCCUGGAUAAUAAAUGGGGCCACAUUGAACAGUGGAUGGAGGACAGCGAGCACUACUCCCGUCUCCCUCGUAGACACACCUCGGUGUCUGACGAUGAGGAAAAGAUGUCGGUAGGGAGUCGCAGUAGCUUCAGGCCCUCAGACUACAGCAGUUUCCUGGGCUCCAGUUCUCGAGCUUCAUCCAGAGCCAGCUCAGCUCGAGCCAGUCCAGUGGUGGAGGACAGGGGAGACAGAGACUUCCUGGACAAAGCAUCAAGAACUGCCUCCACGCUGUCCACUGCCACACUGGCCUCACUGGGCGGAGCCUCGUCACGGCGCGGAAGCUGCGACACCAACUUUUCUGUGGAGACAGAGGCAUCUGUCAGAGACAUGAAGGAUGCCCUGGUGGAGACGGAGGAGAAGUACCGUAAAGCCAUGGUUUUUAAUGCCCAGCUGCACAACCAGAAGUCUGCGCUCAUGUACCAGGUAGACGCUCUGAAGGAGGAGCUGAUGGACCUGGAGGAGGAACUGUGGGAAGAGCGACGCAGACAUGACCACGCCCUCAAGGAGUUUGAACAAGAAAGAGCGUCACACAACCUGAUGAUGUAUACAUUUAAAGACAUGAAGGAGAGUCUGAGGAGGACGGAGGAGCUGCUGAGGAAACACCAAGACGUUAUCGUCUCACCCGAUGUCACCCUCAACCAAGAAUCUGAGCUUGUGGAUGGAGUGCAGGAUUGCAAUAUCACUGAGGAGGCGGAGCACAGAGGCAGAGAGAGCAUGCUGGGUCAGAGUUAUGCCCUGUGUCCUGCAGAGGGCACCAAACCUCCACUUGACCAGACCAACGGCCACUUCACUAAAUGCACACUAAAUAGUGCAGAAAGAGUGGAGCGAGCAGAACAGUUCCAGAAUGUCAAGAAUCCUUUGACCUCCACGUUCCAGCAGGAAGAAGAGACGUCAUCAGAAGACAGUUCCAGUCUACAGUCGAGAGGGGACAACAGUGAGGGACAAAGUCCUGAAGAUGAAGAUAAAAAACAUUACAAUCCUCUGGUCUUUGCAAACAGUCCAGACCUUAGAGGUGAAAACAAAACCUCAGAGUCUGGUCCAGACAGACCAGCAGGGGGCAAUAGACUAGGGACGCACCUGGAAGUGAAGAAGAUUCAAGAGUACGAUCAAAACCCCAAAGACCGUCAUUCUUCACCUUUCCACAGGGAGGUGCACAAGAACUGGAUUUUUCUAGAAAAAUUGAUUCAGGACCUCAUGAAAGGAUUUGUUGAAAAUCAGAGUUCUUUGGUCCAGAUCUGGAAAUUGUUUGAUGAAAUGUCAGGAUUACUGAGUCUUUGGAUUCCUGAAGUCCAACAUAUGGUAAAAACUGCUGCAGAGAAGGUUCUGGAUUUCCAGAGCCCUUUAGAUACAAUCAGAACCCAACUCUUAGCAGCGAGCGGUGAAACACAGAAGGAUUUAGGAACUUCUAGUUCCUUGAAGGUAAAUGAAGAGGCUUCAGAACCUCAAGUACAACCUCCUGAUGCCUGUGAGGACUCAAAUGUUCAAGAUCUUCAGAAGAGACAAAGAAAGAAACAAGAAGCCACAAAAAGAAGUUUAACCACAGAGAUCUGGUCUGAAGAAGGUGGAUCAGAGAUUACAGGCAGGAACUCAGAGAUCACAUCUGAGGGGGAAAUCUCAGAGGUGACAUCUGUAGGAAGAGUAUUAGGAGAAACAUCACAGGUUCUGUUUGCAGGAAGGAUCUCAGAGUCUAAGAUCGUUCCUGGAGAAGGAACCUCAGGAUCAGUAGGAGGAAGUUUGGAGGCUGCACUUGCUUUAAGAGCGUGUGAGUUUAGAAGAGGAAUCUCCAGAGUUAACUCUGCAGAAACAACCACACAGGUUGAACUUGCUGGAGAAAGCUCAACAUCUCAUAUUUUCCCAGAGAUCUUAUUUGUAGGAGAAACUUCAGGAACAACUUCAAAAGUCAGGUCUAAAACAUUUGAGGUGCACAGUCAACGAAACCCCGGCCUGAGAAGCUGCUACCAGGACUAUGUUCUAGUGGAAAAAGUCGAGGUCGAACAUGAGGCACAGUAUGCAGUGAAAGGGUCAAAACACAGGAGCCUGGACCACGACAUGGAGCAGGAAAUGGAUGUGGACGUGGACAGCUGCGAAGAGGCCACCGAUAUUACAGAUCAAAUCGGAAACAAUUUGAAAAACAAGAAACACAAACAGAAAAACCAAUGUAACCUUUCUUGACCAAGAGUUGAGUUUUAUGGAUCACAAAGAAAACAGGUAGACGGAUGUGACCCAUAUGAAGUCACACUGAGUAUCUAAAAUGUGGCCCACAUUCUGUAAUUUAAAUGUGAACCACAUGUAGUAUCCAAAUCAUCAGUGUAUCCUAAUUGUUAAAUGUGGCCCAGAUUUAGUCGAUCGGCCCAGAUGUGUAGGCCUGUUUUAAUCCUGGUGUGGCUGCUGUCUCUGUCCCAGAAUGACACUGAAUGACCCAUGUCUAUGAAGUUAUUUAGUUCAUCUUUUUAUUGAGAAUUCCUUCUAUAAUUUUUUGUCUGCUUUCAACACACCUUUAUUUGUCAUUUUGUCCGAUUAUUCAACCAAUGAACGAUGAUGUCACUGAUUAG